AUGGCUUUGAACAUGCUUCAGGAGUGGAAAAAAGCUCAAGAGGAAACCUGUAAAAGCGGAACUGGAGUUCAUGUGCAUACGCGACAGUGGUGUCCACCACCAGAGGGAUGGAUUAAGAUUAAUAUAGAUGCAUCCUGCAGACAAGACAGUGAGUAUGUGGGUGUUGGCUGUGUCGUGAGAAAUGAAAGGGGAGAGUUUCUUCGAGCCAGAACAACUCUGGUGCAAGGCAGGAGUUAUGCGCGGGAGGCUGAAGCUUUGAGCUUAAAGGAAGCAUUAUCAUGGGUAAAGACAUGGAGGACACAGAAAUGUAUUUUUGAAUCAGAUGCAAAGUUGUUAGUAGAUGCAAUUCAUGCAGGUCACGGCAAUUCAAUCUUUGACACGAUUGUGGAAGAUUGCAGGGAGUUGAUUAAACACUUUCAGGAAGUGUUAGUUAUGUUUGUACUGCGAUCUGCGAAUAAUGUAGCCCACUCUUCAGCACAGGCUGCUUGUUCUAUGUCAGGUCCUCAGGAAUGGUAUCAUACUGCUCCUGAUUUUAUCUUGUGUAACCUAGCCCCGGAGGGUAGUUGA